AUGUCGCCGACGAUCUACAAGUCCGACUACCCCGCGCCGCCGCUGCCGACGUGCUCCGUUUUCCACUACCUCUUCCCCGCCGUCGACGGUCAAUCACCCCUUGAGCGCUUUGACCCUGCCCUCCCGGCCUACAUCGACGGGCUCGACGGACGAGUGCUUACUCGCGGCGAGCUGCGGGACGGUGCGACCCGUCUCGCCGGCGGACUGCGCCAGCUCGGCCUCGACCGCGAGGAUGUUGCGCUGCUGUGGGGCGUCAAUUCGCUUGAGUGGGCCAAGGCAGUCUACGGCUGCAUGGCCGGCGGUCUGACCGUCUCACCCGCCAACGUUGCCUACUCGCCCAAGGAACUCGCCCACCAGAUCAACAACUCGGGCGCUCAGAUCGCCUUCAUUGACGAGGCCCUCCUCGAUCGCUUCAACGAGGCGCGACCACUGCUCGAGCGCGAGUUUCCGCCAGAGCGAGUCAUCCUCCUCUCCAAAACCCCCGUCGCCGGCCCGCACCGCUCCGUCACCGAGAUCACUGGCGAGCCGACUGAGGAGUUCUUCGACGGCGAGCGGAGCCACGCGACCGCAUGGCUGUGCUACUCGUCCGGUACCACCGGACUGCCCAAGGGCGUCGAGACGACGCACUACAAUUCGACGUCGGAGCUGCAGGCGCUCAACGUGGGCGCGCGUCAGAUCCGGUCAGGGCACGACGUCGUGCUGGGCGUCCUCCCCUUCUCGCACAUCUACGGCCUCGGCAUGGUCUUCCUGCAGACAAUCGCGCAGGGCUGUCCCGUCGUCAUCCUCCCGCGCUUCCAGGAGCUCCCCGCGCUCGCGGCCAUCCAGCGCUUCCGCAUUACGCAUGCGCUGUUCGUGCCGCCGAUCAUUCUGACGCUCCUCAACUCGUCCAAUGUGCGCAAGUAUGACCUCUCCUCGCUCGAGACGAUCACAUCUGGCGCUGCGCCCCUCGGCGGCGAGAUCGCUGAUGCAUUCGGCAAGCUCCUUCCUGGCGUCACCAUCAUCCAGGCGUACGGCAUCACGGAAACGUCGCCCGUCGUGUGCACUGCGCGGGCGGACGAGUUUGCCGCCCGUCCCGGAGCGGUCGCGACGUGCGGCAAGCUCCUGCCGAACUACGAGGCGCGCCUGGUCGCCGACGGCGUCGACGUGCCCGCUGGCGAGAGGGGCGAAAUCUGGGUCCGCGGCCCAACCGUCAUGAAGGGAUACCUGAAGAACCGGGAGGCGACGCGCAAGGCCAUCGCGCCGGGCAACUGGUACCAGACUGGCGACAUUGCAGUCCGCGACGCCGACGGGUGGUACACGAUCGUCGACCGCGUCAAGGAGCUCAUCAAGUACAAGGGCUUCCAGGUCCCGCCUGCCGAACUCGAGGCGCUCCUCCUGCUCCACCCUGAUGUCAUCGAUGCGGGCGUUGUGGGAGUCUACGACGCGAGCCAAGCGACGGAGCUCCCGCGAGCGUACAUUGUCGCCCGCGAGGGUGCCGAGACAGCUGCUCUUGGCCGGAAUGUUGCUGCAUGGGUCGCUGCCCAGGCUGCGAAUCACAAGCGUCUGCGCGGAGGAGUCGUCAUCAUCGACCAGGUGCCGAAGAGUGCGGCGGGCAAGAUCCUUCGGAAAGAGCUGCGCGUCCGGGCACAGGCCGAGCUGGAGGCUGCCCGAGGCGGCGUCGCGAACCUGUAA